AUGUGCCACUUUCAGGUCUCCUCACACUGCUGGUGUGUUCAAUUUUUUGUCAUAGGGUGCUGGCAGAUUACGGGCCUCCCAUAGCUGCUGCCAGGCCCGUAAUCUGCCAUGGGCCCCUGUACCGCCUCCUCAUGCUGCUGCCAGGUCCAGAGUCUCUCAUGGGUCCCUGUACGGCCUCCCCAUUGCUGCUGUCUCCAUCGCCACACUCUGCCAUGUGCCACUUUCAGGUCUCCUCACACUGCUGGUGGUUUCCAUUUUUGUCAUAGGGUGCUGUAUGGCCUCCCAUUGCUGCUGCCUCCACCGCCACACUGUGGCUCCACACUCUGGUUUUGGCCCCGUGACUGCCCAAAUGAGUGAAGUGUGUGGUGAUUCUAAGAUUGACGGCACUCAUCUGCAUGUCAUACUGACUGUCAGUAUUAUUUCUCUUCCCCAGCAGACUCCAAGGGCAUUUAAAUUAAAGGUACAGUGUUCUGCACUAAUAUAA